GUGUAAAUGUGUGAGUGGAAUACGCGUGACGGCGUCAGUCGUGUUCGUUUUUGGAGCAGCUGAGACUCCAACACUGGGGGAAUAGUUUUACCCACACAUUCUAAAUCCGUUAGAAAAAUUUCCAGGUGACCUUGGGACAUAAAUUAAUUAUCGACAAUUGUUGAAUUAAUUAUUAAGCUUGACAAUGGCACAGUGCAGAAGAUUUUUGGUGACAACAGGGGGUUUCCUCCAAAAACGGGGACAUGGAGCUACAGCACUUGCCACGAGUCGUUCCAGCUCAUGGUGGUCGCACGUCGAGAUGGGCCCCCCCGAUGCAAUCCUGGGUGUAACAGAAGCCUUCAAACGUGAUAACAAUCCCAAAAAAAUUAACCUCGGUGUCGGAGCAUACAGAGAUGACAAUGGAAAACCCUUUGUCCUUCCCAGUGUGAUCAAGGCUGAGGAAAACCUGCGGAUCAAGGGGCUCGACAAAGAGUAUGCCCCCAUAUCCGGCAAUCCUGAUUUCUGUUCAAAUAGUAUUAAUCUAGCCCUGGGAGAUGGGAAUGACGUUGUAGCUAACAAAUUGAAUGCCACCGUCCAGGGAAUAUCGGGCACAGGAUCGCUCUGCAUCGGUGCAUUUUUCCUGAACAAAUUUUUCCCCGGAAACAAGGAAAUUUACCUUCCCUCACCAACGUGGGGUAAUCACACUCCUCUGUUUAAACUAGCUGGGCUCAGUGUGAAGUCCUAUCGUUACUAUGACCCUAACACUUGUGGCCUUGACUUCAAGGGGGCGAUGGAGGAUAUUUCUAAAAUCCCGGAGAGAUCUAUCAUUCUGCUCCACGCUUGUGCCCACAAUCCCACCGGUGUCGAUCCAAAGCUAGAGCAAUGGGCUGAAUUGUCGGCACUGAUCAAGAAGAAGAAUCUCUUUCCGUUCUUCGAUAUGGCGUAUCAAGGCUUUGCCUCUGGUGACGUAACUAGAGAUGCAGCAGCAGUCCGACUCUUCGUGAAAGAGGGCCACAACAUCCUGCUGGCCCAAUCGUUCGCCAAGAAUAUGGGUCUCUACGGUGAGCGAGUGGGUGCUUUCAGCUUGAUCGGCUCCAGUGCCGACGAGGCAGCUCGUGCAAUGUCCCAGAUAAAGAUCCUGAUCAGGCCAAUGUACUCCAAUCCCCCCAUUAGUGGUGCCCGAAUAGUCAACGAGAUUCUGACUGACCAGCAGCUGAAACAGCAGUGGCUAGGGGAUGUCAAGGGGAUGGCCGACAGGAUAAUCGGGGUGAGGAGCAAAUUGAGGGAGAAUCUGAAGAAGAAUGGCAGCACCAGGGACUGGUCACACAUCACCGAUCAGAUUGGAAUGUUCUGUUUCACUGGUCUGAAGGCACCUGAGGUGGAGAAACUGACAUCUCAAUACAGCAUCUACUUGACGAAAGACGGGAGAAUAUCGAUGGCUGGAGUGACAUCGAAGAAUGUUGAGUACCUGGCACAUGCUAUCCACGAAGUAACAAAGUAAAUGUUAGUGUUAAAUACCAUGGAUUCAUCCUAUGACUCGUGUAUAGAACAUUAAUCCCAGAAGCAAACAACCAAUCAACAAACAGUAAUGACAACCAAGUACCUAGAAAUGAUACAGCCUGUCUACCUUUGGUAGAACUCCACAUCCAUAUCACAAGCAUUUACUCACAAUGUAUUUUUGAGAUGCACUGCUGGCAGUGCCCAGUGUUGACAUUAUCGAUACAUAUGGGAUGGAACUGUCGUAAUUUUUUUACCAAAAAUUUUCGAGUGAGGCAUUGGAAAAAAUACUCUUUGUCGAUUCUUUAAUUGCAGAUGUUGAAGUGAUUGUUACGAAUAAUUGUGUUGUUCCGAGGAGAUGCUUAUAUGUAUUGCAUGAGGAUAAUGUUUCUAAGUUCCUAAAGUUUAUGAGAUGAAAUAGAGAAUAAAUAAAUAUACAAUCAUGAGGAUGAAA